AUGGUUAUAAACAUUCCGACAUUUGUCAGUUAUUCGAGAACUAUCAAAAUGUCGAAUAAGGAAAUUAAAAGUCGUUAUCAUAUUUUGCAUGUUGAAGUUCAACAUGGUUCUGAUCGAUUCGAUGUUCAUCUUCAUUUGGAACGACCACCUUUAGUUAGAGAUUUGAUGAUGGAAGUAGAAAAGAAGGCUCGUGUUACUCUUCAUAAUCAACAACUUGUCUUUCGCGGUCAACGUUUGCAUCAAACACCAGAUAAAGAGCUCGAAAAGUUCGGUAUAUUCAAUGGAAACCAUAUCAUGUUAAUUGGAGAAAAGUUAUCAGGUACAGAAGAUGAUAAUUUCCGUCGUUUGUUGAGUAUUGAAAAAGAUGUAAAAUUGAUCGAUGACGUUCUCGAACUCGUUUGUCGAGAUUUUGAAAAUAUUAAACAGAGCCAGCAAACACGAAAUCAAUGCGGUCACAUUCUCAACGAUUUAUACUCUCGUGGUGAACGUUGCCGUUCAGAUUUGCAAACAUUUAGUUCGAUUGCUAGAAAUCUAAAUGUUGCCCCCAAUGAACAUGAUGCACUACGAAAAAAGAAGGAUAUUUCAGUUUUAAUCGAGGAUCGUUUGGAUAUUUCAAAUAAUAUUCUCUCGGCGAUUUCAUCUUACUAA